AACUUCUUAUUUUUGUUUUGUGAACUAUAUUUGCUUCGCCUGUUACAAACUUAGAUGGUGAAAUUUUUUAAGAGAUUUUUGUGAUGACAACUUUGAUGAUGAAAUUCUUUAUUAGAAGAUUCUUAGAUCAUUUGUGGUCUUAAUGUCCGAGGACAUUAAAUAUACUACUCCAUUAGGUUAGCUCAAGGCAUAUUGCAACUUUUGAGGAAAUAUCAUGGGGAAGUCUACAAACUUCUCACAGCAGCCAAACCAAAAAUUAAGCAUGGGAGAAUCGCCUGAUCCUCCUUUUGAGGAGACAUACAAGAAACUUUUUGACGACAUAAGAAUGGGAAAGUCAUCAAAAAUAAAAUACCAAAAACUCUUCGUUGUAGAAGAAUGUGAGUUGCCAUUGAUAGAUCUUGAGCAACUAAACGGAAUAGAAUUAGACAGAGAAGAAUGCAAGAGGAAAAUAGCCAAAGCUUCACAAGAAUGGGGUUUUUUCCAAGUAGUGAACCAUGGAAUAUCACAUGAUAUAUUAGCAAAAAUGCGAAUGGAGCAAAUUAAGCUAUUCAAGAAGCCAUUCCAUGAGAAAAUGAAUGACAAGAAUCUCAAAUUCUCAGCAGGAAGUUACCGGUGGGGAACUCCUUCUGCUACAUGUCUUCAACAACUUUCUUGGUCUGAAGCUUUCCACGUACCUCUCACUGAUAUCACCAAUUCAACAGAUUUUAGCAGCCUCAGCUCCACAAUGGAACAGUUUGCAACAACACUAUCUGAAUUAGCACAUAAAUUAGCAAGAAUUUUGUCGGAGAAAAUGGGAUAUAAGCCGAAAUAUUUCAGAGAAACAUGUUUGCCAAGCACUUGUUACCUUAGGAUGAAUAGAUAUCCAGCAUGCCCUAUUUCACCAGAAGUGUUUGGAUUAAUGCCACACACUGAUAGUGACUUCCUCACUAUAUUGCACCAAGAUGAGAUUGGAGGAUUGCAGUUAGUAAGAGAUGGGAAAUGGAUCUCUGUUAAGCCCAAUCCUGAAGCACUUAUCAUCAACAUUGGAGAUUUGUUUCAGGCUUGGAGCAAUGGUGUUUAUAAAAGUGUUGAGCACAGGGUUGUUACAAACAAAGCAAAAGAGAGAUUCUCAACUGCAUUUUUCUUAUGCCCAUCAUAUGACACAGAAAUACGGAGUUGUUUUGAGCCUUCUGUUUAUAGAAGAUUUACCUUUAGAGAAUUCAGACAACAAGUCCAAGAAGAUGUUAAGAAAUUUGGUUAUAAAGUAGGUCUCCCUAGGUUUCUUGUUUCAACUCAUUAAUCUCAACAUUUUUUGUAGUAAUUAAAUUAAAAAUGCAUAUACAUUAUGGUCACAUUUGACCUUUUAAAUAGUGUAUAGGAAAAAUGUGUAAGUCAAUCUUUCUCUUUCUGAGUUUUAAUUUAGAACAGGUGUAUAUCUUAUAUAUACUGCCUAUAUAAAUUAUACGUGGUACCUGUUAGGGGUUUUGCC